CGAACCUGUCAAUGGACCUCAAAAACGGCGACGUUUCAUAAAGAAGUUUGAAACAAAGUAGCAGCUAAGCUUUCUCUCUUCUCUGCACAAGCUUCCAGAAACAAAAAAAAGAGAUCCAAAAGAUUUUGGAUUCAAUCGUCGCCGGAUAUUCCAAAGAGUAUAUAAGACUAAGAUAAGACGAGAUUAGUUCGUGGAUAUGGAGGUGGAGAAGUGGAACAGCGACGGUGGUGAAUACACGUCGGAAGACGAAGGAACGGAGGAUUACCGCCGCGGAGGUUACCACUCCGUCCGGAUCGGCGACUCAUUCAAGAACGGCCGUUAUGUUGUCCAGAGCAAACUCGGUUGGGGCCAUUUCUCUACUGUUUGGCUCUCCUGGGACACUCAAUCCUCUAGAUAUGUGGCUUUGAAGGUGCAAAAGAGUGCUCAGCACUACACAGAAGCUGCAAUGGAUGAGAUAACAAUAUUGCAACAGAUUGCAGAAGGAGACAGUGACGACACCAAAUGCGUUGUGAAGCUUUUGGAUCAUUUCAAACACUCAGGUCCUAAUGGGCAGCAUGUAUGUAUGGUUUUUGAGUAUUUGGGUGAUAACCUCUUAACGCUGAUUAAGUAUUCUGAUUACCGUGGCUUACCUAUUCCGAUGGUUAAAGAGAUUUGUUAUCAUAUGUUGGUUGGGUUAGACUACUUGCAUAAAGAGCUUUCGAUUAUUCAUACUGAUCUGAAGCCUGAGAAUGUUUUGUUGCCGUCAACGAUUGAUCCGUCUAAAGAUCCUAGGAAGUCAGGAGCUCCUCUUGUUCUCCCUACUGACAAGGAUAAGAGUCAAGUUGACUCUAAUGGGGAUUUUGUCAAAAAUCAAAAGACAGGGAUUCGUAGAAAGGCUAAGCUUUCGGCUGCUCAGGGAGAUGCUGAGGUUAAAGGCAAUUCUGAAUCACUGGUUAAUGGAAAACCGAGUGCUGCAGAGAAAUUGAUGGAAGAAGAGUGUCCUUCAACUUCUGCUACAAAUGGAUUAGAUGGUAGUGAGAAAGGGAAGCAAGGUGGUAAGAAAGGGAGUCGAUCGAGUAGAAGGCGCCUUGUGGCAUCUGCUGACCUCAAGUGUAAACUUGUUGACUUUGGUAAUGCAUGUUGGACUUACAAACAGUUCACAAGUGACAUUCAAACGAGACAGUAUAGGUGUCCAGAAGUAAUCCUUGGAUCUAAGUACUCUACAUCUGCAGAUCUCUGGUCCUUUGCGUGCAUAUGUUUUGAACUUGCCACCGGAGAUGUACUUUUUGAUCCCCAUAGUGGAGACAAUUAUGAUCGAGACGAGGACCAUUUGGCUCUGAUGAUGGAGCUUCUUGGGAUGAUGCCACGCAAGAUAGCAUUAGGAGGCCGUUACUCCAGAGAUUUCUUUAACAGACAUGGUGAUCUUCGACACAUCAGAAGACUCCGUUUCUGGCCCAUGAACAAAGUCCUGACCGAGAAGUACGAGUUCAGUGAGCAAGAUGCAAAUGACUUGAGUGAUUUUCUUGUUUCGAUUCUUGAUUUCGUCCCAGAAAACCGACCAACUGCGGCUCAGUCUCUGUUACAUCCGUGGAUCAACUCUGGUCCUCGCUCUCUAAAACCUUCGCUCUCACCUAAAGACCAAAAAUCCGAAGUCAAGCUCGAUACUGAGAGAAUGAAGACAGAGAAUGAGGAACAAGAAGCUAUGGAAGUUAAAAUGGGGAACGUUGCCAUAUCAUCCUCAGACUCCAAACCAGGUACGAGCCGAAGCUCCUCUCUUAAGAAAGCAAUUUGACUUCAGAGAUUUGUCUGUUUGAUAUCGGAGUUCUGUUCUGUAAUUGAGCGAGGGAAUCUUGACAUUAAAAAUUGGCUGCGUGUCAGUGAGAGCACGAGUGAGAAAACCAUCUCAAAAGCUUGUUUAAUAGAAAGACAUGAGCUCUCCAACAGUUUCAUGUGUCCAGAGUCAUAUCUUGAUUGUGUACUUAUACGAAUCCCAUACCGAUUUGUUCACAAAUUUGUCAUAAUAUAUUAUAUUUGAUUGAAAUAUAUCAUCUUACAAAACCA